AUGUCGGGACAGAAUGCAACCCAGUUGACAGCGCAGCAGGCGCAAGACAAGGCAGCCUUGAAGGACGCGUUUGCGCUUUUUGAUAGCGACAACGAUGGCGUCAUAACCAAGGAGGAACUGGGCGCCGUUAUGCACUCCCUUGGGCUCCAGGCAACCCCUUCCCAGCUCGAAGACAUGAUCAAUGAAAUCGAUCUCGACCAUACGGGUACCGUAGAUCUAGAAGGUAAAUUUUCCCCGCCUUGUUAUGCUUAUUCCGUCGCAAACGCUAAUCAAUGUGCGAUCGCUGUAGAAUUCAUCAAAAUGAUGACCAUGGAGAUGAAACCCGCCAACAUCGAGCAAGAAAUGCGCAACGCCUUCAAGGUUUUCGACAAAGAUAACAGCGGCACAAUAUCUGCGGACGAGAUCGCUACAGUUAUGGCGACGUUUGGGCAGAACCUUUCGAAAGAUGAGGUGCAGUUCAUGGUUGAGGAGGUUGAUAAGAAUGGUGAUGGGACUAUCGAUUGUAUGCCCCCCAACCCCGACCCCCUGCCUUCGAAUCCGGCUUUAUGGAAGUGGUAUAAAUACUGA